GCUGGAAUCAGUGGGACCAUGUCUCUUUCUCAAGCCACAGUUUCGGACAUUGUCACGUCGGCGGAGAGGGGAAGUUAUACAUCAUACGUCCAAAUGGGGUGGAUGGUUGGGCCGACAUUUGCGCCGGCAAGUCUCCCCUUACCAUCGCAGUUAUUUGGCAUCUUUUAUAAUUGUUCUGACUAGGAGAUACAUUAACAGGUUAUUGGUGGUUUGUUGAGCCAAUACCUCGGAUGGACAUCCAUCUUCUGGUUCCUUACCAUCUUCGCAUCAGUCGUAUUUGUCAUCCUAUUGAUAUUCCUCCCCGAAACGAGUCGCAAGAUCGUCGGAAAUGGCUCCCUACCCGCUCCGAAAUGGAACAUGUCCCUAGUCUACUAUUUGCAUACUCGUUCGCGAAGCAACAGAGACCGUGCAAAUGCAGUCCAGCCUCGCCCUCCCAACAGCUCUCACAAAUUCCACAUAUCUGAACUCAAUCCCCUGCGGUCGUUGAGUCUCUUCUUCACCGAUAAAGAAACGUCUAUUCUUCUACUAUACAGUGGCUCUAUCUACGCGAGCACGUACAUGGUUUUAUCCAGCAUGUCCGACCAACUGCAGAUUGGAUACAACCUCAGCACACUGCAAGGCAGUCUGUGCUAUUUUUCUACUGGUUUCGGAACAAUGUCAUCAGUCCUGGCCAUCGGCCGUCUACUCGACUGGAAUUUCCGUCGUCACGCCCGUAUCCUCGGAAUAGAGAUCUCCAAGGACAAACAGCAAGAUCUCACAACCUACCCUAUCGAGCGCGCGCGCCUCCAACUCGGCCUCCCGUUCCUAAUCCUCUCCGGCAUCAUGUUACUCGUAUAUUCAUGGACACUGCAAACACGAAUACAUCUUGCAGUUCCCUUAAUAUUCCUAUUCUUGCAAUCAUUCGGUAGCUCGUGUGCAUACUCGUGCUUCAAUAACCUGAUCAUGGAUUUGAACCGGAAAAGACCGGGCACCGCCUCUGCGGCGCUGAACCUAUCUCGAUGCUGGAUGGGGGCCGGGGGUGUGGCGUUUGCGGGUCCUCUGAACCGCGUCGCUGGGGUCGGGUGGAUGGGCGUUACAAUUGCUGGGGUUUGGCUCGUUCUUAGCCCGCUCGUGGCUUUGGUUGUUAGAUCUGGUCCGAGAUGGAGGGAGGAGAGGAGGCUGAGAGAGGUGUGAGAGGUGUGAGGCACGAGUGAGUGAGAGUUGAAGUGAUGGAGAUUGGACGCGCUGGUCAGAUCAGCGUUGGUCCUCGUCAAGUCCGAGUACUGUAUUCAUGUUUCUUCUAUUGGUUACUUAUCCUAAGUUCACUUUUCGGUAUUAGCUGCUAUUGGAUGACAGUACGCCGUAGGCCAUUGAACCGAUUUUCAGACCCAGAUUUGUUGCU